CCAGAUGGAGGACUACCACAAACCGGACCAGCAGACGGUGCAGGCGCUCAGGAACAUCGCCACCCGACUCCGGAUCAACUCCAUCAAGGCGACAACUGCAGCGGGCAGCGGUCAUCCCACAUCAUGUUGCAGCGUGGCAGAGAUCAUGUCUGUGCUGUUCUUUCAUUCCAUGAAGUACCGACCUGAAGACCCUCGUAACCCCAACAAUGACCGAUUCAUCCUCUCCAAGGGUCAUGCAGCUCCGGUGCUGUACGCUGUGUGGGCAGAGACGGGCUACCUGAAGGAGAGCGAGCUUCUCAACCUCCGCAAGGUGGACUCCAUCCUGGAGGGACACCCUGUGCCGAAGCAGCAGUUUGUGGAUGUGGCCACUGGAUCUCUGGGUCAGGGGCUGGGAGCUGCCUGUGGAAUGGCCUACACUGGGAAACACUUUGACAAGGCCAGCUACCGGGUGUUCUGCCUGCUGGGUGACGGGGAGCUGUCGGAGGGCUCGGUGUGGGAGGCCAUGGCCUUCGCCUCCUACUACCAGCUCGACAACCUGGUGGCCAUCUUGGACAUCAACCGGCUGGGCCAGAGCGACCCGGCUCCGCUGCAGCACCACGUGGAGAAGUACCAGCGACGCUGUGAGGCGUUUGGCUGGCAUGCCAUCAUUGUGGACGGCCACAGUGUGGAGGAGUUGUGUAAGGUGUUGAGUCAACCCCGCCACCAGCCGCUCGCCAUCAUCGCCAAGACCAUUAAGGGCAAAGGCAUCCCAGCGGCUGAGGAUAAGAUGGGCUGGCACGGUAAACCGCUGCCCAAGGACAUGGCGGAGAGCGUGGUCAAGGAGCUGCAGAGUCGCAUCAUCAGCUGCAACAAGCGCCUCUAUCCGGCUCCCCCCAACGAGGACACGUCACCCAUCAGCCUCCGCAACAUCCGCAUGCCGAGUGCACCCAGCUUAAAACCCGGGGACAAGAUCGCCACCAGGAAGGCGUACGGCAUGGCGCUGGCCAAGCUGGGCCGCUACAACGAUCGCGUGGUGGCUCUGGAUGGAGACACCAAGAACUCCACCUUCGCCGAGCUCUUUAAAAACGAAAACCCCAACCGCUACAUAGAGUGCUACAUCGCAGAGCAGAACAUGGUGAGCGUGGCGAUCGGUUGCGCCGUUCGAGACCGUAACGUGGUGUUCGCCAGCACCUUCGCCACCUUCUUCUCCCGAGCCUACGAUCAGCUGCGCAUGGCCGCCAUCUCCGAGAGCAACAUCAACCUGUGUGGCUCCCACUGCGGUGUCUCCAUCGGUGAGGACGGACCCUCUCAGAUGGGUCUGGAGGACCUGGCCAUGUUCAGAGCCAUUCCCACGGCAACCGUCUUCUAUCCGAGCGACGGUGUCUCCACUGAGAAGGCUGUGGAGCUCGCCGCCAACACAAAGGGUUUGUGUUUCAUCCGAACAAGCCGCCCAGAGAACAGCGUCAUCUACAAUGGCAACGAAGACUUCCACGUCGGACAGGCUAAGGUUGUGUGUAAAACCAACGAUGACCACGUGACUGUGAUUGGAGCAGGAGUGACCCUCCAUGAGGCUCUGGCUGCUGCUGAGCUGCUGAAGAAAGAGAGAAUCAACAUCCGUGUGAUCGACCCGUUCACCAUCAAACCUCUGGACCACAAGACCAUCAUUGACAACGCCAGGGCCACCAGAGGACGCAUCAUCACAGUGGAGGACCACUACUAUGAAGGUGGUCUCGGGGAGGCGGUGUGCUCGGCGGUGGUGAAUGAAACCGGCUUCACCGUCCACCGCCUGGCGGUUUCCCAGGUGCCCCGCAGCGGUAAGCCCCACGAGCUGCUCCGAAUCUUCGGCAUCGACCGCGACGCCAUCGCUCAGGCAGUCCGGAAGAUGCUCAGCAGCUCAGCCAACGCCAAGUAACUCGGCGUGGACGGGUGCGACGGCAGCUGGACCGGCGGUGGUGGUAAAAAUGACUCUGUGGUGAACUGCUGGUCGCCGCAGAGACAACAAACAAAGAAAUAAAGCAACACUGAUGGAUGGGCAGCACUUGUGGCCCACUCACGCUCUCCUCCUCAUAAAACAAUCUAAAAGGUAACAUGGUUUUUCUCUUAACUGUCAUCAGUGUGGUCUGACACCCCCAGAUUUUUACCCCUUUUUAGAGUUUGUGAGUUCAGUAAACGCACCACCUUCCCCCUUCACUCUCACAGAUGUCCACACCUGCCCCCCCUCCUGUACCUUCCUACCUCUCUGAGAAAGUUCUGAUACUGCUGUUAGUGUUUCAGUAAAAGCAGUGAACGUGGUUUGGAGUCAAGUCUUUUUUUUUUUUUUUUUAAAUCAUUUCUGUGGAACCCCUCUCACUUGUCGGGCUCAGCGUUUUGAACGUCUGCACCCCAGUACAGUAUGACUUUGUAAAUCCCACCCCCCCACUAGAGCCAGCAGGGUGUGGAGAAACUCUGGUUUGGUCUGUUUGAGCACUGACUGUUUUUAACCCUUUUUGCCUCUGAUUUGGAUGGGACUGCUUCACACCAAUAAAGGGAUGGUUUCUUCACAA